GGGCUCGGCACGUUAUGUUUGUUUUAGCAUCGCCAGCACUGUUUGGGAUCUUGGCGUUGAGGGAUCUUGGAAGCCAGAAAGGCUCACGCUAUCUUGGAGAAAAAGGCCGAUUCUUCUCGUCGGAGCUUGUCUGAAGGACUUGUUUGAGCACACUGAUGUCAGACAUGAAGGCUGCUGAAGCCAACGAGCAAUUAUGUACAGACAGUAGUGUCAAAGAGAAGGUUGAUGGCGAUGCUUCCACUAAGGACCCUAAAAUUUUGGACCAAAAUGAAGGGAAUUCCAUGCUGUCACCCCAAGAAGAGGAGGAAGAAAUAAAGAAGAAAUAUGGAGGAAUUUUACCCAAAAAACCCCCACUUAUAUCCAAGGACCAUGAACGUGCUUACUUUGAUUCUGCUGAUUGGGCUUUAGGAAAGCAAGGAGGGCAACCUCACAAGCCCAAAGGACCCCUUGAGGCACUUCGGCCUAAAUUGCAGCCUACACCUCAACAACAAGUUCGUUCCCGCCGUUCAGUCUAUGCAUCUACUGAGAAUGAAGAUGGUGGUAAUGCUGCUUCUGAGGAUGUGAACAACCAUAAUAGCACCAACAAUGAGAACCGCAACAACCUGUAAUUGUAUGUUAUUGAGUCUUACUGCUGGUGAGCCUUCGGCUUUACUAGCUUUAUUCAUAGAAAAUGCAAUGGCUCUUCCACGAAUAAGUGAUGAUGAUGUUUUCCUAUGAGAACUUGAUGAUGCAGUGUUGAUUGCAGCCAAGGCUUGUGCUAGUAGACUUGCAGCAUGCAAGAUUUUUGUAGGCACGGAAUGUAUUAUCCCAUAUAAUAAAUUCCAUGGAUGGCUUGACAUUAAAGUGCAUCCUUCCCUCUUUGUGAUUAUAGACGUGUUGCAUGCUAAUAUUGUGGGGAAUUGGAAAAUGCUGCGGAUUAUUAUUUAUAAGAUUCCAAAUGUUUGGCAU